AUGCUGAGAAAUAUAGAUGAGAGACUCACCACCGCAGGUGCUCUAGAGAAUAACCAACAUCUCAGUUUAAUAUCUCCAGCAAAGUUGGGUAUGAAGCUCACGAGAAUAACCGCCACUUGGUUACUACUUUGCAUUGUGAUACUAGUACCACUCUACAGCAUCUUCAACAUACAGAAGCCUAUUUCUACAACUACCGGAGGGCUUCUUGCUACAGAGCUUGAUGAGAAAUCUUGCUUGAGUAGGUAUCAUCAAUCGUCUUUGCGCAAGCCUUCACCUUACAAACCUUCUUCAUAUCUUGUCUCUAAGCUAAGACGCUAUGAGAAGCUACACAAGCGUUGCGGUCCAGGCACAGAAGCCUACAAGAGAGCAACAGAGCAGCUUGAUGAGAACCAAGUAAGAAGCUCUGAUAAAGAAUGCCGAUAUGUAGUGUGGGUGGCCACCGAGUAUGGGCUGGGAAACAGAAUAAUAUCUAUGGCCUCUUCGUUCCUCUACGCUCUCCUGACAGAGAGAAUCAUUCUUGUUGAUCAAAGAAAAGAUAUUAAUGAUAUCUUCUGUGAGCCUUUCCCGGGCACUUCAUGGUUGCUUCCUCUGGACUUUCCGUUGAUAGGUCAGAUAGAUAGCUACAACACGGACUACUCCCGUUGUUAUGGUACAAUGCUGAAGAAUCACGCCAUUAACUCCACUACUACAAUACCCCCGUUGCAUCUUUAUCUUCACCUUCUUCAUGAUUACAGGGCUGAGGAUAAGACUUUCUAUUGCCAAGAGAACCAAGCUUUCAUCAAGAACGUCCCAUGGCUAGUAGUGAAAGCUAACAUCUACUUCGUUCCAUCUCUAUGGUUGAUACCUAGCUUUCAGACCAAACUCAUCAAGCUCUUCCCGCAAAAAGAUACCGUCUUCCAUCACCUGAGCCGGUAUCUACUUCACCCGACAAACCAAGUUUGGGGUAUGGUCACACGGUCCUACAACGCUUACUUAUCAAAAGCUGACGAGAUACUUGGUAUCCAAGUAAGGGUUUUCGGGAGACGUGCUGGUUAUUUCCAGCACGUCAUGGACCAGAUACUAGACUGUACCCAAAGAGAGAAACUAUUGCCUGAACCAGCUGAAGAAUCACAAAUGAUGAACAUAUCGAAAACCCCGAAACUUAAAGCUGUUCUAGUCACAUCUCUGCAUCCAGAGUACUCUGAUAACCUAAAGAGCAUCUUCUUGGAACGACCGAGCUCGACAGGAGAGAUGGUACUAGUUUAUCAGCUGAGUGGUGAAAGGGUUCAACAAACAGACAAGAAGCUUCGUGACCAGAAGGCGCUUGCUGAGAUGUAUCUUCUGAGUUUAGCAGAUAAACUUGUCACAAGCACAAGGUCUACAUUCGGUUACGUGGCUCAAGGUCUGGGAGGAUUAAAGCCAUGGAUACUACUCUAUGAGCCAAGGAACCGCAAAGCUCCUGCUGACCCACCGUGUGUUAGGGCCAUGGCCAUGUCUAUGGAGCCUUGUUCUCUUAAAGCACCAAUCUCUGCUUGUCAAGCUGAGACAAUCAAAAAAACCCCUUUUGUUAAGUACUGUGAGGAUCGCAUCACAGGGAUUAAGCUAGUUGAUGAACUUUGA